AUGGCAGGAGAAAGGAGAAGGAGGGUGGGGGAGAGAGAGAGACCUGAGUUCACGACGACGGGAGGGAAGGUUUCGCAAGGCAGACAUCUAACGGUCCAGCAGCAUUUCGCUGAGAUUCCACGAUCAACUCAGCUCUCAGAAAAUCCCAUCAACUCAAAGGGCAAGAGAAUCAGCAUGCUCUGGCUGGAGAAUCGGCCACACACCAUCUUGGGAUUUCCGCUUCGUCGGAGAGGGAUCCUCACAACCAAGACUUCUUCGUGA